ACAACACUGACUGACCACUGAGUGUUGUAAUCUCAUCAACUCAAACUCUAGGUAAGGUGCCGCCAAUGAUGUAGAUUUAGAGGAUCUGUAACCAUAACGACCAAGCGCCUUUGCAUAGCUUCAAUCAGUUCAUAGUCUACAGGAGGAAGGACAGGUCAAAUUAAGAAUAAGGGCUACUUCGAAGACAACAAACUCUGGUGAAGUGCGAUGGUCAAGACUCAACAUCGGUGCAUCGACAUGUCAAUAAUAAAUUUAACAUCAAUGUUGGGGAGUAGCACUCAGCGCUGUUUUGUUGGUCCAACCGAGCUUGACAAGCUCGGAGUACCUCUGGGAAGCUGGUGUAUUGUCCAACAUGACGGUUAUGAAAGCAUCUGCUCGUUGUGGCUAAGGAACGAUCUUCAAGAUGGUUGGAUAGAGGUUCAAGAAACCGUAACUGUGCACUCGGAGGAGUCCAGAUCCCAGACAUCAAAGACGAACUGCGUUACCGUUGAAUCCAUAAAGCUGAUCCCAAAGCCGCCUCCGUCUCAAGGAAUCAAAGUUUCCCUCAUCACCGAUUUUAAGAAUCUAAGACAUCUUCAGCAAGCAUCGAGAGAGGCCGUGAUUAGACAGCUCCGGCAUCUCCUGGUGGGAUACGCCGUUAGGAAAGGUUGUAUGAUAUCGAUCCAGUCGAGUUCCGGGUUUGCAGGUCCGAAGAUUCUACACAUUGCUGUUGAUGAGUGUUUAGUGGAGAAGAAUAAUCAAACAGGCUUGGGACGAGCUUCAAAUCAAAGAGAAAAGGGUGUUUCUUGUACCCAAUCUGCGGAAGAAGAAUCUGGUAACUCAUUUGUAGGUGGUGAUGGUGACGUACCUUUACCCCUUCUGUCCGAUAACUUAAACAGGGCUGAAAACAACUCUACGAGUGAAGCAUCUUCUGAUAAACAGAGUACAUCACCUGCCUUAGAUCCGUCUUCAUCGCCGAUUCAAGAUGCAUCCUCUGACUUCUCUAAGUCGAAAACUAUUCAUGCCAAGGAACACUCUGCUUCACUCUCAUCAUUGUCGUCCAAAGCGACAUCAGUCGAUGAAGUCUCGAGUUCGAGGGUAUCACAUGAUAGUACAGAGCUACCCCAUGUUGAUAGUUCAUCAUCCUAUCCUUCAGGUGGCAGUUCAUUUGUGCAGUUGAUCACCGAGAAGACAAAAAUCCACAUUCAGAACAUCUCUAGCACCGAAUCAACGCAGCAUUAUUCAAAUCGUCGCGGAGUUAAGGUCGGAGGUCUUGAGGAGGCGAUGUCGUUACUCAAGAAACUCAUCGAGUACCCCGCUGAAUAUCCAGAGUCACUGGGGAGACUCGGACUGAUGCAGUCUCACGGGAUUCUGUUGAGAGGACCUCCAGGAUGCGGCAAGACGUCGUUGAUGCAGUCUGUUGCUUCACAAUGCAAGGUGUGUCUCUUACAAAUCAAUGGAGCAGAAAUAUUCGGAUCAAGUCCUGGAGAGAGUGAGACCAACCUACGCCAGGUGUUCGUUAAGGCCAAGACGAUCGCCGAGACCCACCGCUGCAUCCUCUUCAUCGACGAGCUGGACGUACUCUGCCCCAAGAGGGACGGCGACGGAGGAACACACGAGGGCCGGGUCGUUGCCGAGCUCCUGAUGCUAAUGGAUGAGGUCAGGGGUCAGAGUAAAGUGCUGGUUGUCGGGGCAACCAGCAGACCUAAUGCGUUGGAUCCAGCGCUGAGACGACCUGGAAGGUUUGACCAAGAGGUUUUGGUAGGCAUGCCUACCACAUCACAGAGAGCAUCCAUAUUAGAGUGCCAUUGUCAGGGCAUGCAUCUUGCAGAUAAUGUGGAUCUGAGUGAGUUGGCGAAGCAGUGCAAUGGCUACAACGGGGCAGAUCUUGCCUCGCUGUGCCAGCAGGCUAUAUUCAGAGCUCUAGGCCGAAUCAGUCAAGAUCAGGCAGACGGAGGUCUGUCCAACUCACUGGAAUGCCCUACUGUGACUUUGGAGGAUUUUAUUGGUUCUCUGAGUCAUGUGACACCCUCCCUUCAUCGAGCAGCAGGGUCUAUCUUGAAGGAGCUUCAGCCGGUGGGGUGGGAUGCUAUUGGUGGACUGACAGACGUCAAGUCACAACUCAAACAGGCGGUGGAGUGGCCGAUGACACACUGGCAGAGCUUUGCUCGGCUUGGGGUCCGAGGCCCAUCGGGGGUGUUGCUCUACGGACCGCCUGGUUGCUGUAAGACAACGCUGGCCCAGGCUGCUGCCACAGCGUGCAAGGCAACGUUCCUCUCACUCAGCUGUGCCGAGCUCUACUCUCCAUUCGUUGGUAACUCGGAGAAAAUCAUUAGUGAGGUCUUCCGGAAGGCGAGGUUGACGACGCCCGCCAUUGUCUUCCUGGAUGAGUUAGACUCCUUGAUAGGUGGGCGUGGCACCGAAAAAGGGCGCGGCCAAUCAGAGCGCCUCCUUUCCUGCCUCCUAGUAGAGAUGGAUGGCAUAGGUGUCCCGCCCGGUGAGGACACACCCACUGAGGGCGGGGCUGGUGAUGGUAAAGCGGAGAUGAAUACACCAAGGGUGCUAGUUGUUGGUGCUAGUAACAGGAUCGAUUUGAUUGAUGGAGCAUUGCUUAGGCCUGGGCGCUUCGACUGCUUGAUCUACGUACCACCACCCGAUAAACAAGGAAGACUGGAGAUAUUGUCUGUGUACACACAGCGUAUGCCACUAGAUGAAGGCGUGUGUCUUGAGGAUCUAGCUGACGUUACUCAUAUGUACACGGGAGCAGAUUUAGAAGGGCUUUGUAGAGAGGCUGGCCUCUUGGCGCUUGAGGAGCACGGCUUGGACAAUGUGGACUCCUGCUUCGUACAACAAAAACACUUUAUAAGUGCCUUAGACUGGUGCCGUCCCUCUCUAACUGAUGAACUAGUGGCUAGAUAUGGUAAAACAGAGUCAGAUGCCAGUUGAUCAAUUGAAACAUGUUGAUGAUAUUGCUGGGUUCUUGUAUAGCGCUUUAUUUUUGGGUGUCAUCUAUGGGCAUCAAAAAGCAUCUUGUUCGAGUUUGUUUGGAUAAGGUUCCCAUAAUUUCCAACCUCCCAUAGGGGAAAUGAACACCAAUAUCUCUCAUAAAAGCAUUGGGUUAACGUCGAUGAUUGUGAAUUGCACAAAUCAAUUAUGAUUCAUAAUCAUAAUAGAUGUUAAAUUUGCAUUGGAGAUAAAGAAUACUAG